AGGCGCAGCCGCCGGCCGGCCGCGGCCGCGCUCUGACCCUGCUCCUGGAGCGGCACAAACAGAAGUGUGGACAGGCUCCAUCUGCGCCAGCUGCGACUCCGGCUCCAGCCACGGCUCCAUCUCCAGGCCCGGCGCAGAGCCCGCAGGACGUGGACCGACUGGCCGGCCGCUUUAAGCGCAUGGAGGUGGACCUGGAGAAGCCGCCGGUCAUCAAGAUGGGUACUUCCGGUCGGCGGGUGGACCUCUACACGAACCACAUCGGACUGCGCAUGCAGCCGGGCCGCGCCGUGCACGAGUACCAGCUGCGCUUCACGCCCUACCAGGACUCGGUGUCGCUGCGGUUUCGGCUGCUGCGGCACGAGCGCGUGCGCGCCGUCAUCGGCACGGCCAGCGUGCACGACGGCGGCAAGUACUACCUGCCCAUGCGGCUGCCGAGCGAGGUGACCUCCAUCCAGGUGCCGCACCCCGACGGCGCGUCGCCGCCCGUGCUUGUUGAGUUUAUCUGGAAGAAGGAGACGCCGCUGGAGGCCUGCAUCCACCUGCUGAACGUGUGCAUGAAGCGCAUCAUGGGCCGGCUGCAGUUGUCGCCCUUGCAGCGCUCCUUCUUCGACAGCGCCGCUGCCAAACAGAUCCCCAAACACCGGAUGGAGGUGUGGCCCGGCUACAUCACGGCCAUCCACUGCUACGAGGGAGGCAUCAAGCUGAACGUGGACGUGGCCCACCGCGUGCUGCACACCUCCACGGCCAUGGAGUGCAUCGAGGACGCCUUCAACACCAACCCGGCCCGCUGGCAAGAUACCGUCUUCAAGACGCUCAUUGGCCACGUCGUGAUGACGCGCUACAACAAGAAGACCUACCGCGUCGACGACAUCGACUACACCAUGACGCCCAAGGACAGCUUCACUCUGUCGGACGGCACCACGAUCACGUACAUGGAGUACUACAAGAAGCACUACAUGCUGGACAUCAAGAACCCGGACCAGCCGCUGCUGAUAUCGCGCCCCAAGAAAAGAGACAAACAGGAGCAGCAGGUGGACCUCUGCCUGAUCCCCGAGCUGUGUCACAUGACCGGCCUGACGGACGCCCAGCGCUCCGACUUCCGCAUGAUGAAGGACCUCAUCAGCCAAACGGCCGUCAAGCCCGAGGACCGCGUCCGCCACCUGGCCACCUUCAUACGUCGCAUCAAGGGCUGCCCGGAGGCCAACGCCGUGCUGGAGGAGUGGGGCCUGAGCCUGGACGACGGCGUGUCGCGGCUGGACGGCCGCCAGCUGGAGCAGGAGUCGCUGCGGGUGGGCGGCGGCCGCGAGAUCCAGCCCGACACACGCGACUGCUCCUGGGACCGCGCCAUCAAGAGCAACAAGGCACUGACCACGGUGGAUCUGCGCUGCUGGCUGGUGGUGUUCCUGAACCGGAACGAGCACGCGGCCCGCCAGCUGGUCAACAGUCUGAUGCAGGCGUGCCAGGGCGUCGGCAUGAACGCUGUGCAGCCGCAGAUGGUGUCGCUGCCCAACGAGCGCACCGAGACGUUCGUCGACGCCAUGCGGCGUGCCAUCCGACCCGAGCUGCAGAUCAUCCUGGCCAUCAUGCCCAGCCAGCGGGAGGACCGGUAUGCGGCCAUCAAGAAGCUCUGCUACGUGACCAUGCCCGUGGCCAGCCAGGUGGUCAACUUCCGCACGAUCAACAAGGAGUUCGGCAAACUCCGACCGAUCGCCUUCAAGAUCGCCAUGCAGAUGAACUGCAAGCUGGGUGGCGAGCUGUGGUCCUGCAGGAUGCCGGUGAGGAACGUGAUGUUGUGCGGCGUGGACGUGUACCACGACAGCCCGCGCGGCAACAACAACUCGGUGCUGGCGUUCGUGUCGGCUCUGAACCCGGACCAGACCAGGUACCACUCGCAGGCGAGGAUACAGAAGCCCGGCCAGGAGCUGGGCGACACGCUCAGCAUGUGCCUGCUCACCGCCCUGCGCCGCUGGCACAGCGCCAACAACAGCCUGCCCGAACACAUCGUCAUCUUCAGGGACGGCGUGGGCGACAGCCAGCUGCAGGCCACCACCAUGCACGAGAUCCCGCAGUAUGAGUCGGUGUUCUCCACGUUCCCCGACUACCAGCCGCGCCUGAACGUCAUCAUCGUACAGAAGCGCAUCAACACGCGCAUCUUCCACGCCCAAGGCCGCGCCAUCGCCAACCCCGGGCCCGGCACGCUGGUGGACCACGCCGUCACCGGCCGCCACCUGUUCGACUUCUUCCUAGUGUCGCAGCACGUGAACCAGGGCACCGUGGCGCCCACGCACUACAUUGUGCUGCGGGACGGCGGCGCCUGGCCGCCGGACGUGCUGCAAAAGCUGGCCUACAAGGCGUGCCACCUCUACUACAACUGGUGCGGCACCGUGCGUGUGCCGGCUCCGGUCCAGUACGCCCACAAGCUGGCGGCCAUGGUGGGCCAGGUGCUGCACACUCAUCACGACGAGCGAAUCGCCGACCAUCUGUUCUACCUCUGAACGGAGCGACGGCAGCGCCCUGUACAGACUGCCGCGGCGGCAGCAGACAGCGCCCUGCAAAGACUUCCGGAGGCGGUAGACGGCGCCCUGUACAGACCGUCGGGGCGCCACACAGCGCCAUGCGCAGACUGCCGGGACGGCGAGUGUCGUCGGUCGCCUGUCGGCCGCCGCCUCCUGCACAAAAGCGCCGGCAGCAACGCGGCCUCAGUGCAGAGCGAGGCACGCGUCCGGGGUCGGAUCGUGACGCUC